GAGCUUUCGAUCCUGCUUUUUUUGGUGGCGAGCUCAUCAUGGCAACUCCUGUGAUGCACAUUGUGACGCCAGUCAUUGAGAGCCGUGUGCUCAGCCACUUGCUCAAAAAGCGCGUGUAUCUCAAGCUGGACAACACCCAGCCGUCUGGUAGCUUCAAGUUGCGCGGCGUGGGCCUUGCGUGCCAACGUGCCGUUGAAAAAGGAGCGACGCAAUUGGUGGCCAGCUCUGGCGGAAACGCGGGGCUAGCUGUGGCUUGCAGUGCACUGAAAUUGGGCGUCCCCGGCACGGUCUUUGUCCCUGAAAGCACGCCAGUGUACAUGCGGGAACGGCUGGCGUUGGAAGGUCUUCACGUGAUUGUCCAGGGCAAAGUGUGGGCCGAAGCGCACGAAGCUGCGAUGCAGUUUCUAGCCAAAGCGAACGAGUUGUCGGCCAAGGCUGCGUACAUUCAUCCUUUCGACCAUGCCGACAUUGUGGAAGGACAUUCCAGUGUCAUUGGCGAACUCAAGGACCAACUACCCGUCCAGCCGGACCUUGUCGUGGUGGCCGUGGGUGGCGGCGGGUACUUUGCCGGCGUGUGCCAAGGCUUAAGCGCGCACGGCUGGGAGGCAACGCGGGUCCUGGCGAUGGAAACCACAGGCGCCAACAAAAUGGAACGAUCGAUGCAAGCGGGGAAGAAGGUCACGCUGGCCAAGAUCGACACGAUCGCGAAGUCCCUGGGCGCGAUGGCCGUGUCCGACACUGCGUACGCAUACGCGACGCAGAUGAACGUUCACGCGAACAGCGUCAGCGACGCCGAGGCGGUGGACGCGUGCGUGCAGUUUGCCAACGACCACAAGUUUGUGGUCGAACCAGCGUGCGGCACGGCGCUGGCUCCGUUGUAUGCCCAGCGCUUGCGCGAAUUCCUGGGCGACGAGUAUGACGCCGUCGACAGCAUUUGCGUGUUGGUCUGCGGUGGGUGGAUGACUCAGCUCACGCACGACACCCAGUCGUCCCUUCGUUCAAUCUUUGGGUAGAAUUACAUGGCACCACACACCCUUGGUGUCAAGUAUUAAUAUUAAUACCGUCAAAUAUAGAUAUAUAUAUGAUAUAUUCAAGGCAAA